UAAAAUCAGGUGUUUGAGGAGUUACUGAGUUUUUCAAGCAAUAUGUUUAUCAUAGGCUGCCUGUCAUUACGCCAUGAUUUUGUUUUUUUAUUAGAAGCAUUAGUCUCACAUUCUAUAGUCAAUUUACACACGACACUGACAUGCACUACCUCACCAGCUAUGUGUGACGUUUUAAAUGUAUGUAGAUCUGUCCAUAAUGACAAUAUUUUGUUGUUGACCAAAAUGGUUCCUACUUUUGCCUACUACUCGGUUCUGCUCAUCAAUUGUUAGGCUAUUUGUUAAUAAAACAUGCAUUGAUAUUUUGUUAAGGGUUUUACGUUUUGAAAAAGACUGCCUCUUUACCGGACUUAUGUUUUUUAAAUGUUUUCAACUACACCUACCAAAGAUUUUAGAGUAUAAUUGACCCUGUGGCUGUGUUAUCUAGUGGGAACCGGCUAGUGCUUCCGGUAUGAGGGAGAGUGUAAUGAAAUAUUUAGCUGGCUAAUUCCCUUCCGUACCAACAGGUGGCAGUAACUGAACGAGUCAACUCUUCAAAAGACAGGCAACUAGUUUUCUGAACGGCGUGUGAGAUUGAUUUCCUUCCACACAGCAACAAUGGCAGCCUCCAAUACCAAUGUGAUACGGGUGCGAUUGUAUUUUGAUUACCCGCCGCCCUCGGUAUCCGACUGUCGCAUGUGCUGGGUCCUCGUCGAUCUGAACAAAUGCCGCGUGGUAGCAGACAUAGCCAGCGUGAUCAGGGAAAAGUUCGACUUCAGUCGCAGGAGCAUUUUGAGUCUGUUCAUCGAAGACUGCUACCUGCCGCACACAGAGAGCAUCUACGUCGUCCGAGAUAACGACAGCAUCAGAGUGAAGGUGGACCCUAACCCUUUCAAUGGAAGUCAUUCGAACACAUCUGUUGUGAAGUCCAAGAAGAGGAGGAGAGCUGCCGAGGAGGAGGAGCCCACACAGAACCGAGUGAGUGAAGAGUGGAAGAAGAAGAAGAAGAAGAGAAAGGAGAGUCAGGAGGCCGAUUCCAACCAGGCUGUAGUUGAAGAGAGGAGGAAAGAAGACAAGAAGAAACAGAAGAAGAAAAAGAAAGAUAAGAAGGUGGCGACCAAAACCACUGCCUCGUCCACAGGACCCUCUCCCACCUCGUCCACAGGACCCUCUCCCACCUCGUCCACAGGACCCUCUCCCACCGUAGUCAAAGCGGACAAAAACACCAAGAAGGCUCCAUCGGCCAAAGCAGUAUCUGUUAACGGUAAAGCCACAGCAAAGACCCCGAAUGGGGAAUCGGACGACUCUUCUGAUUCCAGUGAAAGCAGUAGUGAGGAGGAGGCCCCGAGUACAAUCCCCAUGCAGAAACUACCCUCCAAAUCACACUCUGCUAGCUCUACACCCCCUGUCACAUCUAAAGCCACCCCUGUAGUUAAACCCCGAGUCCCCAUUAAGAAACCACGCCCACCUCCCUCAUCAUCUGAUUCGGACUCCUCAGACUCAUCGGGUGACGAUGCCUCUAGCAAAGCCACCACAGACAAACCUCCCGUUAAAAACCAAACUCCUCUGUCCAAACCUGCUGCCACUCCUCCUACCACCAUACCCACCGGCUCCGGAGCUGGUCCUAGAGACAAAACCACCCCCUCCAGGCCCAGCCUCCCUUCCUCAGGUCCCAGGACCUCUGUAUCCCCUGGCCAGAGAGCUAAUGCUCCAGGGCCAGGCUCUACCCCAGCAGUGCAGAAGGCCCACAGGAGGCCUGAGAGCCCAGGCUCUAGUAGUAGUAGUAGUAGUAGUGAGGAGGAGAUCCAGCUGGUUAUCAAACAACCGGGCCUGGGGAUGGGGAUAGUCCCUGCUAUGGCAGCACAACCCACCUGGAGAGGCAGGGGAAGCCCUAGGGGUGCGGAGAGAGGUGGGGGUAGAGGCCAGAGUUGGGUUGGUGGAGGUAGGGGUGUUAGAGGGGACUGGGACAGGGGGGUUCUCGGGGGUAGAGGAGGGAGAGGGGAAGAUAGCGGGGCAGGGGGAGGAGAUAAUGCAGGGUUUUAUUUCAACUAUGAAGGUGGACAGCGACAGCAGACUCCUCAGCCACCAUCGUACCAGAAGGACUCCCUGAUUAACAGCUCUGUGGUGUUCCAGAACCCAUCAGAGAGUGUCCCCAAGAGGGACUACAGUGAGAUGCCCCUCCUAGCUGCUCCCCCUCAGGACGGACAGAAGAUCGCCUUCAAGCUGCUGGAGCUGACAGAGAACUACACACCAGAGGUGUCUGAGUAUAAAGAGGGGAAAAUCAUUCAUUUUGACCACAGCACCAAACAGAUUGAGCUCGAACUGCUCUCUGCUUAUCAAGCGCCGGUGGAGCCGGGGAAGUUUGACCUGGUGUAUCAGAAUGCGGACGGAUCCGAGAGUGUGGAGUACGCUGUGUCCCGGGGCUCCAGGGUGACUGAACGUUGGGACUCACUGCUGGAACCCAGGCUAGUUGUUGGGAAUUAGAGCUGAGGAACAAGAUGGACGUUCUUGGUCGAGUUGGACCAGGCAUUUCUAAAACACUGGCCCAUUUCCCCCACUUGAGUUCCCCAGUAUUGGCCAAAUUAUAAUAAUUCAGCACACAACCCCAAUUUAGACUAAGUGAAAGAUGGACCAGCCCAAAUCUGGCAUUUGCCGGAUCUGCCCCAUGGCCAGUCCGUUUCUGGUUGGAUGGACUGGGGCUUGUUCUGACACCUCCAUAGACAGUUUACCCUGAACCCAGAUUAAGCUGGAGAUGUUCCAUUUACUAUGAUUAUGUUUAGUUCAUGAGUAGAGCCUUAAUCUGGGUCUGGGAAACCAGCCUUACUGUCAACAUGUGGUUGAAUCAACUAAUUCAGGAUGUUUCUUUUAUGGAGAUUUGUUAAAUUCAAUAGUUUUGUGUUUCAGUUUAUUUCCUCAGACAAAAGAGUUAAAAUGAAAUUGACCAGAACCUUGGAUUCAGCUAAUCAAAGUCUGGAUUAAAGCUAUUGAUUAGUUUUAGUUCUGGGUGUGAUGAGCACCAUUUUAAUGAUUUACUUAAACAUCUUCUAAUGUAGUAUUGUGGAAGGGAGGGCACAGGGUAGGUUGCAUAACUACCUUCAAAUGUUAUUUAAUCUUUGGUCUCUUUAUUUUUAUUUUUUACACAUUGAUAUAACUGUGAAUGUCCCAUCUUGAAUUUUUUUAUAAACUUGUUUGUAAGAUAAUAAACGUUUGAUAUCCUAUGACCAGA